GUUGCUGCUGCGUCCGUUCGCAUCUGCUUAAAGCGAUACGCUAACUUACAUAUUUGAGCAUUUAAAGUUUAACUGGUGCCGCUGCCAUAGCCAUGGGCCUUAAAGGUUGUGAAGUGGAAUUGGAUAACCCGUGGAAUACUUACUAUGCGGGUCAAACUUUAAACGGACAAGUAAAACUGACCUUCGACUCGCCAAAAAAAGUCCGAGGCAUUAUUAUUCGUUUCCUGGGUGAAUCAAACACCGAAUGGACAGAAGAGCGCAAUGUUACUACAAGUGAAGGCAAAACUGAGAACGAGAUAACGAAUCUCAAGGGCCAUGAGGAGUAUUUUAAGAUACAAUACUAUUUGCUUGGCGGAAAAAAUAGCUCAGAAACUGAGUUACCGCCCGGCACACACACCUAUCCGUUUACGUGCGCACUGCCACCCACACUACCGUCCUCCUUUGAAGGCGAAUUCGGUCAUGUGCGAUAUACCAUCAAGGUGACUCUGGAUCGACCAUGGAAAUUCGAUCAGGACAUGAAAAUGGCCUUUACUGUUAUAGCGCCGGUCGAUUUGAAUCUUAAUCCGCGUGUGAAGGAGCCUUUUAAACUUGAACUUGAGAAAUCCUUCUGCUGUUUUUGCUGUCGCUCAGGUCCACUUUCUGUGGUCACCACCAUCCCUGUCACAGGAUAUGUGUCCGGUCAAAUUAUACCCAUUAGCUGCGAGUGCGAUAAUGCUAGCAAUGUUGGCAUUAAUGCCGUAAAAUUUGAACUACGUAAGCUGGUCACCUUCCACACAAAUCAACCGCGUAGCGAGAAACGUGAAUCGAAAUGCGUUAUUGCACAAUUGAGCAUUGGUCCUGUGGCCGCUGGUGAAUCUCGUACAUUUACACAGCAAUUGGAGAUACCGCCAUUGCCGCCCACAAAUCUUCUCAAUUGUGGCAUCAUUGCCUUGGAUUAUGACUUACACGUGGAGUGUGAUGUUAGUGGGCCACAUCGUAAUCUCAAUGGAAAAGUUCCCAUUACCUUAGGUACUAUUCCACUGGCUUCCUUCAAGCCACCCGCACCGUAUACUGAUGUGCCGGCCCAGGUGCCACCACACCAGUUGGACGACCCUUCGCUGGCGCCUACACAGCCCGUUAGCCCAGUUAGUCCACCCAGCGGUGCCGGCGGCGCCCUUGGAUGGAAUGUUGCAGACAGUGCGGGCGGAGAACUGUAUCCUAAUAUUCCACCACCUCAGUUUGUUGAGACUGAGUAUCGUGGGACUAUUGCCGGUCGUGAUGACUCUGAGCAUACUCAAAUCAUUGGAGAUGGCGCAUUUGCUCCGCGGUAUCCAACAUUUCAAUUUAACAAUGCCACAGCGCCACCGUUCAAUCGUUGAGUUCAUUUUGAAACUGUUUCGCCAGGACUAUGCUGUAUCCACAAUUUUGACUUUCUACCAGUGCGCAAAUUUGUUUUCUAUAUGUAUAUGGUCAAAUAAUUAUAAUCAAUUGUAGAGGUGCUUUUUUCUCAAAUUUGUACGCUUCCGUCCGGCAUUUAUUUAAAAUAUAAUGUCGCUGAUAAAUAUAUUUGGUCUUGCAUACCUUUGAGAAAGUAUGUGCAAUUAAAAACAAGAGUGCCUAAAAUAAAGAAUCUUGCUUAAGCUGUGCUUUUUCGCCCCUUGUAGCAAAAAUUAGAUACCAAUAUUUCUUUCAAACGGGCUUGAGCAUUAAUUUUAAAGCCAAUAAUUUACAUAAUUUCUUAAAAUAAAAGAAUAUCAUGUUUUCAAUAUUUUAAACCCAUACUAUAUUUCAAUAUGAUCAAUGGUAUAUAAUAUUUGCAUAAGGGAGGGCGAGGCACAGUUAUUUUCACUACAUUUGCAAUGUAUCUUAUUACAAAUUAGAAGUAUGUAUGCAUUUUGAAUUAAAAGUGGGAGGUGUGGAGUACAUAAAUAAGUAUAUUUUUGACUAGC